CAGAAGAUUCAAGACAGACGCAUAGAGCACAGUGAGGAAGCUAGGAGCUGCAACCAUGUCCAUGGAGAACAUCUAUGCAAACAUCAGCAAGACUACUGACCAGAACAGGCAGAGGAGCAACGCAACUCAAUGCCCAGGAUCUGAGUCUGCAGGGAGACGAGACCAUAGACCGGCUGCAGUGUGUCUGGGGCUGCUGUGUUUCCUGCUGCUGACAGCCGUCACAGCGCUGGCUGUUUACCAUAGCAGAGUUAUUCACCAUGCAGAGACAGAGCACAACAACUUAAGAAAAGAGAGAGACCAGCUACUGCUGAAUUACAGCCUGCAGACAGCAGAGAGAGACCAGCUACUGCUGAAUUACAGCCUGCAGACAGCAGAGAGAGACCAGCUACUGCUGAAGUUUGAUGAAUGCAAAAAGAGUUAUAUCUGUCCAUCCGGCUGGAGGAGCUUCAGCAAAAGCUGUUACUACUUUUCCACUGAGAAGAAGAACUGGAGUGACAGUCGACAGGCCUGUAUGCGGUCAGGUGCCGACCUGGCGAUCAUCAGCAGCAGAGAGGAGCAGGUCUUUCUUGAAGGUCUUUAUGGACAAUUCUGGAUCGGUCUCAGUGACAUUGAGAGUGAAGGAUCCUGGAAAUGGGUGGAUGGAACAACAAUUCCUAUAGAGAAAGGGUUCUGGCGAGCAAAUCCUCCGCAGCCUGAUAACUACAAAGGAAAUGAAGACUGCGUGGAGUUCAGUGCCGUACAUUCUGUUCCUUUUCUUACAUGGAACGACCGUCCAUGUGAGGAUAAUAUAAAAUGGGUUUGUGAAUCCGCAACCAGCUGUUAACCCACAAAUGGAGGGUCUCUCCAUCACUCACUGCUGGCUAUAGAUGGACAGUCAGGCUGAAAUGUUUAUUUUCAUUGCUGUUGAGAAGAAGUAGUUUAAUCUUUGCUCUUCUGCAGCAAGAAGAAAAGUUUUUUUGAAUGUUUAUGUGCUUUUCUGUUAUAUCCCAUGAUACUCGUGCUUUUUAGUAAAAUUUAAUAUUGUAGAUCAUGCUUUAUUUUGAGCGAUUAUUCUUAUUCGUAUGUUACCAUUGUCAUUUAUGUUUUUUAGACCUUUUUAUGCUCAGUUAACACUUUAUCCGGUGCACCGACCUCGUACUGGGUAGGGGUCUCGUCUGCUUUUAUAUGUGGUUUAUCAUAUGACAGCUUAUCCAUUCAGCCAUGGCCUUCCUCUUAGCGUUAACCAGUUGACACUUAGUCAUUUUUUACUUUUUAUAACUUUAUAGAGUUUCUCUUCUUCUUUCUUGUAACAGAAGAUUGUGGCUUAUUGCCGGUAAACAUGUCAACAACAAAAACCUUUUUUCUCUCGCCCCCGCACAUAAACACCCCUCCCUUUGGUACACAGCUCUCUUUUUUCUCUCUGCAACGUCUGGUCAAGAUAUGAACUACGUAUAAUUACUCUUAUUCCUCACAUGGUUGUAAAUUGCAAAA